GCGGCGGUGGCAGCCAUCUUACAGACCGACCGUAUGCGCCCGGAUUGUUUUAAAAACGGCAUGUAUUGUCGAAGAUACAAACCACCCUCAUCUAUAAUGGGGUUGGUCCUUGGAAUAAUAUGUGUGGUGGAGGCAGCUAAAGUUAAUAAGCACAAACCCUGGAUUGAGACCACGUAUCACGGCAUCGUAACAGAGAACGAUGACAACGUCCUGCUGGAUCCUCCUUUGAUAGCACUGGAUAAAGAUGCUCCACUUCGCUACGCAGAGAGUUUUGAAGUGACCUUCACCAACGAAGGUGAGAUUUGUGGCUUCAGGAUUCACGGGCAGAACGUCCCGUUCGAGGCGGUGGUGUUGGACAAGUCCACGGGGGAGGGAGUGAUUCGGGCCAAGGAGAAGCUGGACUGUGAGCUGCAGAAGGAGCACACCUUCACCAUCCAGGCCUAUGACUGUGGAGAGGGUCCUGAUGGAGAGAACAUGAAGAAGUCCCACAAGGCCACAGUCCACGUCCAGGUGAACGACGUGAACGAGUACUCGCCCGUGUUCAAGGAGAAGUCGUACAAAGCCACGGUGAUCGAGGGCAAGACCUACGACAGCAUCCUGCGAGUGGAGGCCGUGGAUGCAGACUGCUCCUUCCAGUUCAGCCAGAUCUGCAGCUACGAGAUCGUCACCCCCGACGUGCCCUUCACCGUCGACAAGGAAGGCUUCAUCAAGAACACUGAGAAUCUGAACUACAGUAAAGAGCGAAUGUACAAGCUGUCGGUGACGGCCUACGACUGCGGAAAGAACCGGGCCUCCGAGGACGUGCUGGUGAAGGUCGACAUCAAGCCCACCUGUAAACCCGGCUGGCAAGGAUGGAGCAAGAGGGUGGAAUAUGAGCCUGGAACAGGAAGUCUGUCACUGUUUCCCAGCAUGCACCUGGAGACCUGUGAGGAGCCGAUCACCUCAAUCCAAGCCAAUAUUGAACUGGAGACCAGCCACAUUGGAAAGGGCUGUGAUCGAGAGACUUACUCUGAGAAGUCCCUGCACAUGCUCUGUGGUGCGAGCUCUGGAACCGUGGAGCUCCUUCCCGCCCCCAGCAGCUCAGCCAAUUGGACGCUGGGCCUGCCCACGGACAACGGCCACGACAGCGACCAGGUCUACGAGUUCAACGGCACCCAGGCCAUCAAGGUCCCCGAGGGGGUGGUGAGCACCAGCCUUAAGGAGCCCUUCACCGUCUCCGUGUGGAUGAGGCACGGUCCAGGCGCCAAGGAGAAGGAGACCAUCCUCUGCAGCUCCGACAAAACAGAGAUGAGCCGACAUCACUACUCGCUCUACAUGCACAACUGCCGACUGAUAUUCCUCCUGCGCCAGGACCCGUCCGAGUCUGAGACCUACAAACCAGCCGAGUUCCACUGGAAACUGGACCAGGUUUGUGACAAAGAGUGGCAUCACUAUAUGCUGAACAUCGAGGUCCCCACCGUGACACUGUUUGUUGAUGGUGUCUCUUUCGACCCCUUCCUGGUCACAGAGGACUACCCCCUACAUGCCUCCAAAAUUGAGACACAGCUUACCAUUGGUGCAUGCUGGCAAGACAAUUCAGGACAUGACAGUGACAAUGAGACAGAGUUUGAAACUUUGACAGGGGGCAGCGCUCAGAUGUCUCAGUAUUUCCGGGGGAACUUGGCUGGCCUGAUGAUCAGGUCUGGAAAGCUGGAGAAGAAGAGGGUGAUUGACUGCUUGUACACCUGUAAGGAAGGCCUGGACGUGGAGCUCCCAGAGGAAGUGGGCACCACCGUCAAGGUGCAGUUUAACCCCAGCCAGUCAUCUCUGACCCUGGAGGGGGAUAACAUCGAGAGCUUUGAGAAAGUAAUGCAGCACGUCUCCUACGUCAACUCCAGACAGUUCCCCACGCCCGGCAUCCGCCGCCUCCGCAUCUCCACUACUGUCAAGUGUUUGAAUGAGGGCUCGUGUGUCUCGGUGCCAGACGUGGAGGGGUACGUGAUGGUCCUGCAGCCCGAGGAGCCGAAGAUCAGCCUGAGCGGCAUCGACCACUUCGCCCGGGGCGCGCCCGAGUUCGAGAGCCCCGAGGGCGUGACCCUGUUCCCUGAGCUGCGCAUCGUCAGCACCAUCACCCGCGAGGUGGAGGCCGAGGGGGAGAGCGAGGACGACCCCACAGUGCAAGAGUCAGUGGUGUCAGAGGAGAUCAUGCACAACCUGGACACGUGCGAGGUGACGGCGGUGGGGGAGGAGCUGGACGGCGAACACGAGAGCCUGGAGGUGGACCUGGCACAGAUCCAGCAGCACGGGCUGGAGAUGAGCUUCUCAAACAUGGGCCUCAUCAUCACAGGUGUCAACACAAUGCCCAACUAUGAGGAAGUUCUGCAUCUCAUCCGCUACAGGAACUGGCACACCGAGGCCCUCUUUGACAGGAAGUUCAAGCUGGUGUGCUCCGAGCUCAAUGGCCGUUACAUCAGCAACACUUUCAAGGUUGAGGUCAAUGUGAUCCACACUGCCAACCCCAUGGAACACGCCAACAAUGCCAUGAUGCAGCCACAGUUCAUCAGUCCCGUUCACCACGGCUCCAUGGACCUGUCGGGACACACCCUGGCCAAUUCUCACCAGGCCUCAGUGGUUCCCAGCGCUGCCACCAUCGUCAUCGUGGUGUGUGUCAGCUUCCUGGUGUUCGUGAUCAUCCUGGGCGUGUUCAGGAUCCGCUCUGCCCACCAGCGCACGGUGAGGGACCAGGAGAACGGCAAGGAGAGCGAGAUGGACUGGGACGACUCUGCCCUCACCAUCACCGUCAACCCCAUGGAGACAUAUGAGGAUCAGCACAGCAGUGAGGAAGAGGAGGAGGAAGAGAGCGAGGACGGCGAGGAGGAGGAUGACAUCACCAGCGCAGAGUCGGAGAGCAGCGAGGAUGAGGAGGGUGGGGAGCCAGAGGACCAGCAGGCCGCAAGCAGACAGCAACAGCUGGAGUGGGACGACUCGACACUCACCUACUGAGAGUACAAAAGGGCACCUGCACGCACACGUACACACAAACAUACACGCACACGUACACGCACACACACACGUACACGCAUACACACGCACACACACCCUAGAAGCUAUGGGGCAUUCCAUGUUCCUUUUACAGCCGCUCUUAAAAGGACCUGUAGUGUUGAAAAAGAAAAUGCAUAUCCCUUCGAGCAAAAUAAAUACAAAUCUGGUGUUUGUAAUGGCUGGUGUUACUGCUUCUGGCCAAGAGUUUCUGUCGUCAUUCGAGUAGUAGUGUUCAGUAGCCAUAGUAUGGUAAUCACAGGCCUUUAUUUUUUGAUCGCUGUGAAACUUGGUCUCUAGAUUUGCAUUUAUUUUAAGCUACGUAAGGAAGCAAGCCUGCACUUUUUGUGUUCUUCACUGUCAGUUCAGCUGUGAGACUUUUAAAAUGGAGAAUGAAAAUGUGGUAGCACAUGAAUUUCAGACUAACAGAACAAAGCUUGGGCUCUGUACUAUUUUUCCUUUCUGUUUGUGUUGUCUGGAACGGGGGAAAGCAAGACGAUACAUCACAAGCUUUUGGUUUUUUCCUCUUUUUAUGCAUGAGAGAACUCGAAAAAUCAUAGGCGUAGAAAUAAAGAAGAAGAAAUAACUUUUUCAUAUUUUGUAAAUAUCAUGAAGUUAUGUAAUAAGGCAAAGUGGUAGAGAACAAGAGUAGACAACAGGGUCCAAAAAUAUGAAAACAUACAGUAUGCGCUGUAGUAUACACAACGGGGCAUAGCAUGUUCUGUAAUUGGGCUCUUCUUUCAUGCUUCUGUAAAAUGUCUGCUGUAGAGACAGAAACCCAUGACAAAAAUGAUGAGGUUUCUGUGAUUUAUUCACUUUUAUUCUUUUCUGGGGAGGAAGGGAAUGAACUUUUGGGCUGUGAAGGGGUUGCAUUUUAGUGUGAUGGCUACUCUUGUUAAUAAUUUGCCAGGCUUGUGUAAGUACAAUGACAAACAUUUGUGAGAUAAUGUUGUAUCUGAAGCCCGCAAUAAUUCAGUCGACUGUCUUAGAAUCCAGAUGAAAUGCAAAGGAUUUGACAAUUGUUUAUGAAACGCCUGCUGUACAGUUUUAGCACACUGAAGCUUUUAAAUGGUCUUUUUUUCCAUGUUGAUGUUUUAACUAUUGUGCUCACAUAACCUAUAGAAAUCCAUCAUGAGCCCACGCCAAUUCCAAUUGCCUGCCAUUCCUUUACAUAUUGUUCAGAAGAUGGCUAAACAAAAGGACAAAAGGAGAAGCAGGUAUUUGCGUGUAGUUGGAGCAUUGCAAGGACCAGGUAAAGUAGAUUUGUAUGGGAGCUGCUUGUCUUUGGGAGAGCUUUUGGUUAAAAAAGCGAAUUUCAGAAACAGCCAACAGACUUUAUUGCACAUGGGUUUGUACUGUAUUUUUUUAAUAUUUGUCUUCGUUUGGAAACCUUCUUUUUGGUUGCAGUAUAAAGAAAUUAUACAAGGAAUUGGAUGUUUUUUCUCUUUUCAAUGUAUUAUUUUCUCAGUAACUUUUGUUUUCAUUGCUGAACGGGUACCUAAUCAUUUAAGAUAUCAAAAGGAAGCUCCUAGCCUAUCUGGUUUGCAGAUGUAUGUAACAUAGCAAAUGUGAUUCAGGGCACAAAAAAACAAAAUGGCAGGUCCAAUUCUGAGAGACUUCCUGCUGGUAAAUGGACACGUUUCAUCACAAGUAUUGUAAUGCUACAUUUCCUGUGGUGGGAGGCUUGAUUGUAACACAUUCACCUAAUGUUUUAAUGUGCUGUCACUGCUUCCAGGUCACCUCAUGUGAUGUAUUGCAUUGUGUGGAAAUGGGAAUUGGAAAUGCAGUCACUGGAAUUAAACCCCAAAAUUGUACAAAGAUGAUCAAAUGCCCAUGAUCAAAUGGUUUAUCAUUUCACAUGUAACAAGGUGUUUAACUUACGGAGUCAAUAUAGUACAUUCUCACUUUCCUCAAAUAUAGCAGCACUGACUCACCGAAAUCUGCGGACAAGAUAUUUGGAUAAUGAGUUUGGUCCUUUGUUACACAGCUUGUAUAUUGCAAAGUAAUAAAAGCAGUUUGUUAUUUAAGACUGUACCUGGGUGCUUAGAAUCCAGCAAACAUAUAUGGAACUUCUGUGUUAAGGCACCAAAGAUAAGUAGGUUCAGCAGGCAUGUUUAACAUAAGGGUUAACUGAAAUGGCAGCCAUGAUAGCCAUGGUAUUUAUCAGUGACAUUAUAACAUGGCAAUGGUUGGUCAGACUGCUCCUUCAUUCUACUGAGACCUGUGGAGAGGCCCAAAUGAUCACAACUCUUAGUUUGGUGGGGUUGGGAGUGCCUUUCACCUAUCACAGCACAUUAACACAACUAACAAACACUCAUAUACGCUGUUUUAGUUGUGGCCAUGUUUGUGGGUAAUUUUGUAAUUAUAAAAUGCUAGAUUUCUUACCAGUCAGGGGAAGUGGUUUUAUUUCAUUCCUUUUCAUUUGUUGUAAUAAUAAUAAUGGAAUAACUGCUAGUUUUCUCUCUAGUGAAAGUUUGUCCUACAUUGAUGUUUUGUGCUCAUGUGAUGUGUAGACAGAAUAGGUCUUUCAUAUAUCAUCUAGAUAUUGUCCUUAGACUAAUUCAUGUUUGGGGGAAAAAAAACAAUUCUACUUCAAAAAGGAUGUACAUUGUUAAAAUGCUAUAUGUAGCCAAUGUGGGUAUAAAUUUACAAAUGUGUAUAUGGUGAUUGGUGAGACUGAAAAGCCUUUAACCCUACAAUAAAUUUUCAUGUAUAUGUACUGUGUAGGUGCUUUUCCCUACAUUUUUAACAUUGGAGGCAGAGGGGGGGUCAACAUUGAAUUGUCUGUUAGUUUAACCUCUUCACUUUCAAAAUUGCCACAGCUCUACUUGCCAAUCACAAUGGAUAUUUAAACUGAGGCAUAAAACCACUACCAUCUCAUUUCCGGAAUGAGACUCUUAUAAAGGGUUACUGUCAGGUUCUGGAAUGCAAAGUCAAGGAGUUUGGUUUUGUGACCAGGAAAUGGGAUGAAUAAAAAUGUAAACUGGGGCUCUUUGUGAAGCAUUAUUUCUGUACGAUUCCUAACAGAGUAUACCUACUAGAACAAAGUGCUUUUCACAAGAAAUUUGUGUAAUUGAGAGGAGUGGGGGCAAAAAUGUUGUCAACCAGUUAAUUAUAUAAACUGCUGAUGGUGAAAUAGUCGGUUGCACUCAUUUCAUGUUACAGUUGCACCACCAAAAAUAAUUGUCUUCCGUUUUUGCAUUGUUCUUUUUUGUUUUUCUUUUAAAAGUGAAAGGAAAGGGUGUGUUAAGAGGUGCAGGAAGCUGCCUCAAACUUCUUGGGGCUGCACUCACUUUCUGACCAACCAGACUCAUAGUGAAUGGUUAUAGUGAAGUUGAUGCUUACUCAUGAACAAAAAUAAAGGAUGCUGAGAUGGAUUCCCAAAAA